AGAGGCAGGGGACGAGCUCUGCACCGGCUCCACCGACAUACUCAGUGUGUGACAGAGAGAGUGUGUGUGUGUGCAGCAGAGAGGGAGAGCGGCAGAGAGACAUACACAGUCACUGCUUCACUGAAGGGGGGGAUCAGACUCAAACACCGGAGAAGAUUUCUUUUUGUUUUCUUUUGUUUUCAUUUGAAGAAGAAGACAAGAAGGGACAGAAAGACUCUUUGACAGACAGGUGAAUCAGCACACAGGUAAAGCAGGUGACCCUUCUCUGACUCUCCUAUGAUGAUGGACGACUACACUCUUCCUUUCUGGAUCUACCUGGGGGUUCUGACUGUGUUCAUUGCUGGUGCCAUGAAGAAGAUUCUGGCGUCCCACCUGAGCGCCGCCCCCACCCUGGUGGCCUGGCUGGGGGCCACCGUGCUGGUGGAGCGUCUGUGGGCGUUCUGCCUGCCGGCUGUGCUGCUGCUGGCUCUGCUCGUCCUCGCCUUGUGCAUCUACUCAGCCACCAAGACCUGCCCGGCGCCCACCACCCUGUCUGCCCACGGCAAGGCUGUAUUAAUCACAGGUUGUGACACUGGUUUUGGGAAUGCAUCGGCGAAGCGUCUGGACGCUCUGGGCUUCGAGGUGUUCGCCACAGUGCUGGACCUCUCGGGAGACGGAGCCAGAGAUCUGCAGAGGACCUGCUCGUCCCGCCUCACACUCCUCCAGGUGGACAUCACUCAGCCGCAACAGGUCCAACAGGCGCUGCUCGACACCAAGGCCAAACUGGGACUGAAAGGUCUGUGGGGUCUGGUGAACAACGCGGGCGUGUGUGUAAACUUCGGAGACGCCGAGCUGUCCCUGAUGUCAAACUUCCGCGGCUGCAUGGAGGUCAACUUCUUCGGCACGCUGAGCAUCACAAAGAGCUUCCUGCCGCUGCUGCGACAGGCCAAGGGUCGAAUCAUCACCAUCUCCAGCCCUGCCGGUGACCAGCCGUUCCCCUGCCUUGCAGCAUACGGAGCGUCCAAAGCAGCUCUCAACCUCUUCACCAACACCCUGAGGCAUGAGCUGGAACCAUGGGGGGUCCACGUGUGUACCAUCCUGCCUUCUGCAUACAGGACAGGUCAGUCCAGUAACCACGCCUACUGGGAGCAGCAGCACAAACAUCUGCUUCAGAGUCUUUCUCCGGCAUUGCUCGAGGACUACGGCGAGGACUAUGUGGCCGAGACCAAGGAUCUGUUCCAGAGCCACGCCAGCCAGGCCAGCCCUGACCUCAGCCCCGUCGUGGACACCAUCGUCCGGUCGCUGCUGUCGCCGCAACCACAGGCGAGAUACUACGCAGGGGCCGGCGUCGGCCUCAUGUACUUCAUCUACAGCUACUGCCCCUUCAGCAUCAGCAACCGCUUCCUCCAGAACCUGUUCGUAAAGAAGAAGGUGAUGCCCCGCGCUCUGAGGAAGCAGUCAGGCUUCAACCUGAACCUCAGCCUCCACAACAACAACAACAAUGAGGAGAAGCUAAAAUAGCUGUGAGGCCUCCCGCAGCCAUAGAGGACCACUUCUGUAACGCACUCAUAGAGCUGUUUCCUUUUUGUAUUUUAAACUGUCGAAGGGAUCAUAGUGAUGCACCAAAAUGGUUUCUGUUUGUUUGUGCUCUGACCUCCUGACACCCUCCCCCCUGGUGGAGGGUGAGGACACUUUUUGGAGGUCAGAGGUUGGGGCGGGGUCUGGUUGAGGUAGCAGUGCAGCUGCAGGUCGAUCGGAGAGAUGAGCUGUACUGUACACACACUGAGAGUCUACUCUGACUUUAUGUGCCUUCAUCACAGCAACACACCUGGCGGAGGAUGGUGGACCUGCAGGUGGAAAUCAAACACUACAGCAGCUUGUUUUAAACAGGUUACACAAUAACAAAUAAUACACCCUCUAUUAUUAGUGCCAGACUUUGAUUGGACGAGGAACCAGAAGUUAGCAAAGUUAUCUGAGAUUGAUGAGCAAUAUGGAUCUUUAAGAGUAACUGGGAUGCUAAUUUGGGCGAGAGUGUCCAACAACACAUCUUCAUGGUGCAGUGGUGGCCAUAAAAUAAAAAGAAUACAAAUAAAAGGAGAAUAAAAACUGAAAAAAGAAACAGAAAAAAGAGGAAAAGCAUGAAACAAAUACCCAAUUUCGGUCAUCGGCACAGAGAUGUAAACUAACUCACGUUACAUCAAGAGUCCAAUUGGACGUGCUCAGGAAGACAAGCUGCUGUAGUGACACCUCCAACCAUCAGCUGACAUAUCUCCACACUUCUGACAUCUCUGUUGCACAUUUACAACAUUUACUGAAAGAGUAUACCUUCACCUGUCAUAUCUGAGUCUAUUGUUUUUCUACAUCAAAGCCACAGGAACACUGAAUCCUUUCAAAACAAAAGCACACAGCCAUGAUGAUGUUUCUUUUUUUGUUUGAUUCCCAAAAGUAAAGUAACUUUAUUGUUUGAAUUUUGGAUUUGCAUAUAAGACUUCUUCUAUGAAAGCACAAAAGUACUCAAAAGUUUUAAAUAUUAGACUGUUGGAUGAUUUUUUUUCUUGAUAACAAGAUUCAAAUUUUUGUUUUAAGUAACUUUAGAUAAUCUGCAUACAAUUCUGAAUCAUAGUUUUAUACUGAAGCUUGUUUUUUGCUUCUUAAAUCAAUAAUAGAAGAAUCUAUACUUUUGUAACUCCAAUUUUUAAAUGUGCUUUUAUUUUGAAGGCCAGACACAGUGUGGAAUAACAACAUUUUUGAAAUAUCACUCAUUUCCUCUUGUUGUAGAGGUUUUGAAAAUGUUCAUGCUGCAUUACCACAUACCCUUUUUUUUUUGUACCACAGAAAAACAAAAGCACACGCCAUUUUUAUCCAAAAACACUGAGUUUAUCUUCAUAUUGAGGACCUUCGAACGUUACAUCAUCUUGUGUUUUUCAUAGCUCAACGUAUGAAAAGAAAUAAAGCAUGUAGCAGUUAUUUUUCCUAGCUGUGAUGAAUCCAACGAGACACCAACCUCGCCGUUAUUCCAAAAGGAACGGGUCUGCAACGUGGUGCAGAUGAGAAGAGUGUCAGAGAGGGAAUAUUUUUGAUAUAUAUAUAAAUAUAUAUAUAUUUGCACUUCUAUGUUCAUUGAGUGUGUUGUGCUCUGUCCGUCUCUCAUCAGAUCCUGCGACUUGUUUUAUUUUUUGCUGUUUUGUUUUUUCAGCCCACGUUUUGUUUUGGAGUCAAACUAUUUAUGGCGUCUUGUAUCUUUUAUCAGCACUUAAACUGUGAAUUUUGUAUUUAAAGAAAAAAUUCAAAAAGACAAAAUAUGAUGUAUAAUGUUCUCUUGGUUCAUUCUUUGAUAGAAAUAAAGUUGACUUUUUCAGA